AGUGUUGUAAUUAAAGCAGAGUUCAGCCAUCAGUCAAAGAGGUGUAGCGGGCCGGGCUCCAGAGGAACGACUCGCCUCUGCUCUCAAGUGGCGGUGACACAGUGCGGCGGGCCGGGCUCCAGAGUAACGACGCCUCUGCCCUCCAGUGUUGGUGACACAGUGCGCCGUGCAACGGGCUGACCUCCAGCGAGGAACUACGCGAAUCUGCUCUCCAGUGGUGGUGACACGGUGCGCACGUGUUGCGUGUCUUCGGCUCGCCAGCGCGUCGUAUCCGCGUCGCGCGUCGCGUUCUCGUGUCAUCAAGGGCUAUAUCGCAGUCAGAAUGCAGACUGACACUUUAAGGACGCAGGGCAUGUUGACCGUGGACGAUUUGAAAACUCCUGCACAUUUUUACCAUAAAUCCCCUUUCAGCAUCAGCAGCCUACUGAGACGAGAGGGGGUGAUGUGUGGAGAGGGCGACGCGCUGCAAGGGGUUCCCAUUACGCACGGAGGCAGACCCUGCUCUGGAGUCCCCAUUACGCACGGAGGCAGACCCUGCUCUGGGGUCCUGGGAGUGGUUCCCAGAACUCACGGAGGCAGCCCUUGCUCUGGGGACCCGGGCACGCCGCCACUUGAUCCUCAGGACCGCACGGAACACGGCCGUAGUGGGAUGAUCUGCAACAACGCCGACGAAGAAGGUAAAGAGGAAAAAAUGAUCGUUGUUCCAAAAGACAAACUGGGGGGAAAUGAGUGUGAAUCGAAUAAAUCAGAGGAAGAAGAAAAGGUUAAACCACAAAAGCCCCCGUUCAGCUACAACGCGCUCAUCAUGAUGGCCAUCCGCCAGAGCCCGGAGCAGCGGCUCACUCUGAACGGCAUCUACGAGUACAUCAUGGGCCACUUCCCGUACUACCGGGAGAACCGACAGGGCUGGCAGAACUCCAUCCGGCACAACCUGAGCUUAAAUAAAUGCUUUGUGAAAGUGCCGCGCCACUACGACGACCCCGGCAAGGGCAACUACUGGAUGCUGGACCCCUCCAGCGACGACGUGUUCAUCGGGGGGACAUCUGGGAAGCUCCGGCGCCGCGCGUCAUCGGGCCCCACCAGGGGGGCCAAGCUGGCCCUCAAGAGGGCCGGCCACGGCCUGACGUCCACCACGGCGACCAGCCUCACCUUCGCCGCGGCAGGCUCCUUCUACUGGCCCCUGCAGUCGUUCCUGGCCCUCCAGCAGCCCGUGCGCCCCCCGUUCUGCACGGGGGGCCUUCUGGGGCCCCGGCACCACCACCACCACUCCGGUUACGCCACGUCAGUUCUGUCGCAGCGUACGCGCCGCCAUGUGAACGCAACGUGUAUGGGGGAGGAAUCCGCGCAUCUGCAGAGGAGCCAGGAGAGGAACCAGGAGCGGACCGAGGAGAGAUCUUACUUUGGUGUGAGUUGCGCGCAGUCGAGCCCCCAUCAGAUCAGCGCGACCGCCGCGUUCUCCGCGUCAAUGAUCCCGCUGUCUCUGUCCGACCCCGGUCCGUUUAAUGUGCUUUCCGGACAAACCAGUUACUUCUACUCGCAACAAAUGCCCUAUAGCGCAGUGUUUAACCGGUGCCAGGAGGAGCGGGCCUUCUCUAGGACUUUUCAGGGCAGCGCGCUGUGUAAGAACGGCCAGUCGGAGUGUGUAAGCGCCUAUGAGUUCCCUAGUUACUAUCCUCCACCCAAUCCGACCCCCGGGGUGUAG